CGACCGAAUCGUUAAGAAGGGAAACAGAAACUUCCGAAGGUCGACUAGUUUCUAUUGCUCUGGAAAUUUGUUAAUCAUGUCGAUCGCAAUAUUAUCUCGGAAUUGUUGUCGACGGGUGCCGUGGCACGUUAAAGAAUUGAUUGGUCAUGAUCUGAGGUGCUCUUCAGUCGCCCGUUUGAUAAACACAAGUAAUUUUACAAUGUCGUCCUCUAAGAAAACUAGAAAAGAAUAUGAUACAUUUGGAGAAUUAAAUGUGCCAGCUGAGAAAUACUACGGAGCGCAGACAAUGAGAUCAAUGAUGAAUUUUAAUAUUGGAGGCGAAUCUGAAAAAAUGCCCCAACCAGUUAUCAAAGCAUUUGGAAUCUUAAAGAAAGCAGCUGCUGAAGUCAACAGAGAAUUUGGUCUCGAUUCUCGUGUUGCAGAUGCUAUUUGUCAGGCUGCAGAUGAAGUGAUAGAUGGUACUCUUAAGGAUCAUUUUCCUCUGGUCAUUUGGCAGACAGGCUCUGGAACACAGACGAAUAUGAAUGUAAAUGAAGUAAUUGCUAACAGAGCAAUAGAAAUACUAGGUGGUCAAUUAGGAAGCAAGGAUCCUGUUCACCCUAAUGAUCAUGUGAAUAAAAGUCAAAGUUCAAAUGAUACCUAUCCUACUGCCAUGCAUAUUGCUGUAGCUAUGGAAAUAGAACUUUCUCUUCUUCCAGCUCUUAGAGAGCUGCAUGAUGCAUUGAAAACUAAAGAAAAGGAAUUUGCUGAAAUUGUCAAAAUUGGUCGAACUCACACACAAGACGCUGUGCCUUUAACUCUUGGUCAGGAAUUUAGUGGUUAUACUACUCAGAUUGCAUUUGGCAUUCAAAGGAUUAAAUCUUGUCUUCCUAGGCUAUAUUAUCUUGCCAUAGGUGGUACAGCUGUAGGAACUGGUUUAAAUACCAGAGUUGGUUUUGCUGAAAAAGUUGCAGCUAAAGUUGCUGAAAUAACAGGACUGCCUUUUGUUUCUGCUCCAAAUAAAUUCGAAGCCUUAGCUGCACAUGAUGCUAUGGUUGAAGUCUCAGGAGCAUUAAAUGUUGUUGCUUGCAGUCUAAUGAAAAUUGGAAAUGACAUUCGUUUCUUGGGAUCUGGACCGAGAUGCGGCUUAGGUGAAUUAAUACUUCCAGAAAAUGAGCCAGGCAGUAGCAUUAUGCCAGGGAAAGUAAAUCCCACACAGUGUGAAGCGAUUACUAUGGUUGCAGCUCAGGUCAUGGGCAAUCAUGUUGCCACUACCAUUGGAGGCAGUAAUGGACAUUUUGAACUAAAUGUCUUCAAACCCAUGAUGGUGGCUAAUGUUUUACGAUCUGUUCGUCUGAUUGCUGAUAGUUCUUUGUCAUUUACAAAUAAUUGUGUCAAAGGAAUAAUUCCAAACAUUGAAAAAAUCAGUAAACUUUUGAAUGAGUCUUUAAUGUUGGUAACUGCCUUAAAUCCACAUAUCGGGUAUGACAAAGCUGCUAAAAUUGCCAAAACAGCUCACAAAGAAGGUACUACAUUGAAAGAAGCUGCAAUUAAAUUGGGAUUCUUGACAUCAGAACAGUUUGAUAAAUGGGUGCAACCAUCUGAAAUGUUAGGACCAAAAUAAAAUAUGAGUAUUUGUAUGUGUGUUGGAGAAACCACAAUCCUACUGUAUUUUAUAAUAAAUAAAUAGUUUAAUAUAUA